AUGAACGCGGAAUUUGAACAGAAGCUCUUGGAGCUUAAGAGCGAGUUGGAAACUCAGCGACUUCAGCAAGUGGGAACCAUGAAGAGUGUUUUGGAAAGACAACACUCCAACGACUUGAUCGAACUAGAUGACAUUCAUCAACAACAGAUGGAUGGCUUGAGAGAUGGUAAGCGAUACAUAAUUCCAAAUUUCUUCGUCGUUCUCCUUGAUAAUCUCAGCUAGCAUUUUCAUUUCUAAACGCCUGCAUGUUUGAAAUAGAACUCUUCUGAAUCAGUGUCUUAGACGGCCUGAACAAAUUUGGAAAAUUUUUAGGACAGUUUUAACCUCCCUAAUGCGGACGCGAAAGGGACACUGUCAAAGGUCCUAAUUACACGGGUGUCCGUAUCAUGUAGCAUUUUAGGGACCAAGCAAACUGUACGUAAUAGUGAGGUGUCACCCAGGUGUCCAUAUUAUAGAAGUGGGUCAAAGAUGGCUAUGUUGCGGAGGAAGGGAUUGUUUGAAAUUAAGUAGAGGUACCUGCAUUGUAUGACGAAAAUCUAAGUCUAGUUUAGGCAGUUUCAUCAAGGUCCCGUUUACAUUUAGAAAACCUGUUCCAGAUAGAAGGGUCUCUCGCCUACCCGCGUUACCCUGUGCGAGCCAACUUUUCUUAUAUUUCCUUACAAAACUUUGGGAACCAUUUACAUAAAAAACAAAAAAUUAGCUUAGCUAGAAGGGUAAACCCACCUAGUCAGGUUAGCUUUUUGGCUUGAGAAAAGGAUUUCGCGUUUCACGCGACUGUGUUAUCCAUCCGGCAUUAGCAAAAAUGUGUUUAUGAAUUAUUGACUUUCCUAAUUCGCGUAUCUCCUAAUGGUCUUUAAUUCUCUGAGGCAAUUAAUUUAUUCUUUCUUGGUUUUACCCUAUUUUCAUUUCAAGUUUAAUUGAAAUAAAAAGUGUCAAUAACUUGAGGAAAAACCUUUUAUAAAAUGAUGACUUCCAGAGACAAGAAGAUCGCGAUUUAAAUCCCAAAACUAAAGGAAGUCAGUUUAUGCUUAGUCGCAUAGUCCAUCAAAACAUCUGGUUCCAUAGAAACGUAAGAGCUCAAUUUUACAUAAUAAAAACAACAUCGGCUAUGCAUUAUAGUUUUGGAUUACGCCGCGAUAAACGAUUAACGAAAUCGAUAACCGGGGAUUGAAAGCACUACUUUUGCAGAGUUCUCUCUACAAGGUUUUAAUUUUUCAUUGUAAGUUCCGAUUAUCUCGUUCAAGGAUGAAUGGAGAUUUUCUCAGAGUCUGUUAUCAGUGUUGGUUUGUGUGAAUGUCUUUGUAAUGAGCUGUCUUUACAUUUUACGCGCACCCCAGCGAACGUGCUUGGAGCUGCGUGGUAUAGACCUCUUUAGUUUGUUUAUUUUGUUUUCCCAGUGUAGGUCGUGUUAUAACACUCCUGAGAACUGUUUCUUUCAACAAAUUUUGUCUUAUUUACGUGUAUAUGUACGCAGAAUUUAUCAAAAGACAAAAGGCCACGCUGAACCCCUGAGACCUUUAUUGGGAAAACAAAACGUACAAGCAAAAGACGUCUAUUGACUUAAGGCUUAUUCAUAUUAGUCCCAUCAUGUGUGGAAUAGUAAACCUCGGUGAAAAACUUAAACCUUGCUCCAAAGGACAACUUCACAAUUUUUUUUUCAAAGUUACUCCUUUUCACAGUACAUUCUGUUGAUUGAAUGAUUCUUGUGUUUUUUGUUCUUUCUCAGAUUUAAGCGAUCGUCAUCGGGAAGUCAUGGGUGCCGUGAAAUCACAGCUUGAAUCUUCCCAUCAGGAAGAGUUGAACGAACUCACCGCCAGCUUUUUGGCAGACAGUGCCAUCAAGGUCGAGUCUGCCCGUUUGGAAACUGAACACGAGUGGCAGGAAAAACUGGAUUCAGUGAAGAAAAAACACGAGGAGGAUGUCCAGGCUUUAACAGAAAAACUGUCGCAAGUGAGUAGGAACUUCAUGUUUUCGGAAAGUAAAUACAGUCGAACCUCCAUGUGCAACCACCUCUCGUAAGCGACCACCUCCCAUAAGCGACCACCUAUCCAAAACACCAGACUUUCCCCCCUCAAACCCCUAUAAUACGAACCUGUCGUAACUCUUACGAGCACCCUCAACCACGUUUUGUCCCUAUUGCCAACGAGUAGCCUCGCGAAGACGUGAGGUUGCAAGACGGCAGCCUUAUAAAGCUGUGCGCGAAAGUUCCAAGGCAGAAUGAAUCUCGAAGCGAUGUAACAUAUGGUAGUGUAAGGUAACUUUUAUAACGUAAUGCAGAACAGAGAAUACAUUGUUUUCGAGCGAACACGUGAUACAGAACAGAGAAUCCACGAGCCAUGUGCGUGUUUGUGAGUCCCGUGCGUAUCCCGUCUCCAUCGUCGGGUGGAUUCAUUCGCAAAAUACGCUGAAAUCUUUUAUUGUUACGGUCAUUCAUGACAUUUCUAAACAAAUUAAACAUCGCGCGCGUAUAGGUAAAAUCUUUGCUCGUUGGCACUUAGCGAUACAUCAGUGAAGAUUUGAACGGACCAAAGAAGGGCUUUCAGAAUCAUCUAUCCUGACCUGUCAUAUAGUGUAGCACUAGAAACAGUUGGCCUACCGAAACUUCAUGAGAGGAGAGAAAAGAUUUCAAUCGAUCUGUUUGACGAGAUCGUCUGUAACCCCACCCACAGUCUCCAUAGCCUUCUCCCCCAAAGGAAGAGUUGUAAAUAUGCUCUGAGACGCAAAAGUGAUUUCACUCUCGCCCUAUGUAAAACCGAGCGUUUGAAGAAAGGUUUUAUUUUUAGCCAUGUCUAUAAGAUUUAGAUAAUUUUUCUUAUUUUCUCUUUGUUAUCAUCAGUAUUUGUAAAUAUCCCGUAAUUCAGCCUAUGGCUGCAAUGGUGUUUAUAAUAAAGUAUCUAUCUAUCUAUCUAUCGAUAGCUAUAACUAGUAGUAUUAUACUUUCCUGUUGUUUUCACCCUCUUGUAAGCGACCACUUGACGCAAGGUGUGGUCCCUUUGCUUGCUGUUUGUACCAGACCACUCAUAAACAAAACUCCCGUGUCGUUUUCCUUCAGACUAUCCUCUAUGUAUUGCGUGCCUCAACUAAGGGCGCUUUCCAGUUGUCAGAACUGACCGGCCAGACCAUUCCCGUUGUGAUGGGAAGUUCACUUUUAAUCAUAACCAUCAAUCAGAUCAGUCAAAAUUUGAAUAGUAUGUACGAAGGAGAGGGGUCUUCAACGAAAACUUUUUCGAAAAGCAUUCAAAAUUACUUGUACGGCCAUGGUUAGGUCGGCUCCCUUGCUUGUAAACAUUGCGUUGGAUAUCAUCACACGUUAAUGAACUCUUUUAACAAUUAGUAAACGUCUUGUUUAAUUCUCAUAAAUUAAAAUGCGUCUUUUUUUCAGUACGAAAAGGAAAUGGCUGAACUUAAAGAAAAGCAUGAAUACGAACUGAGCGAAAAGCUUUCACAACAAGAAGAACAGUUUGAGGAAAGACUGGAAAAAGAGCUUCAUGAAGUGAAAAAGAAACAGCAAGAACACUUCGCAGAUGUCGCGCAACAAAGCGAAACAGCCGCAAACGAAGCCCACAUGAACGAACUGAACGCUUUGAGAAACAAACUCAUGGAAGAAUUCCGAGAUAAACUGGAAGAGGUGGAACAAAAUCUCGCCGAACAACACGCUCAAGAGCUGGAAGAUCUACGGAAUGAGCUCGAGCAGGAACAAGCUGAAGUCACCAGCGCGGCGUUGGACGACUUAGGAAAGAAGCACGCUGAAGACGUUGAGUUUUUGAGGGGAGAACAAGAGCAGCUGCUAGAGCAAGCCGCGGAAACGAGAAGACGACUUGAAAAGAUGCACGAGGAAGAAAUUAAGGAGAUAAACGAGCAAGUGAAACGAGAACACGAGAAACUGACGCGCAUGAGAGAGGACUUAGAAGGAACGUACGACGAUACCGCUAAAGAGCAUGCGCAGCAACUGGAAGGCAUGCGGGCUCAGAUGGAUAAACAACUUGCUACGGAGAAGGAAAAACACUUAACAGAACUUGAAAGUCUGAAAAAGGAUUUUGAGAAGACACUUGCGGAAGGUGAUCAAACUCACGCCGAGGAAGUGGAGAGACUCAGGUCUACAAUGGAACAGGAGAAGAUGGAGAGAGAAUUGGAGCACGUACGAGAGCUAGAAAAAUUAGCUGAAGACAUGGAGAGAAGGUAAUGGAGUCUUAGAAGAGACUUUAGUAACGCGAAGGAAGCUGGGACGAGUUAACUUUCGCAAAGACUUCUGGGACUGUUACCAGGGAAAGGGAAAAAAUUGGCCAAUAGCAGUCCGGCAUGUCCCAAGUAACGAUUCCAGAAACCAAUGCGCGACACAUUACGGCACCAGUUGCCUUGUCGUUUCUGAAGUGGGGAAUGGAACUGUUUCCUUUGUAUGUCGUCCAAUCCACGUCUGUAUGUUUGCAUAACUGAUGAAAAGACAAAAGGAAAAUUCCCUGUCUUCGCAUUCAUGAACAUAAUGGGCCAAGUAUUUAAACGAAGUCUAACUUAAGCCGCGGUUUAACGAAUCUUUGAACCUCCAGAUCUCUUCUUUGGUGGGUUGUUUUAAGAAGAUAAAGGCUUUUCUAGUCUUCUCUAUAUGCUUUCAUAAAACUGUUCCGAAAAAUGAUGUUUAGUUAAAAUCGUUGGACAAAUUGAAAAUGACUUAGAAGGCGGUUUUGUUAAACACUGGCUAAACUACGUUUAAUAUUUGGCCCAAUGUUUCUUCUUGAUUUCAAAACACGCAAAACGAACAAACAAACCAGACAGCGAAGAAAUAGACAAGAAAAAGGGCUGCAUAACAUUAUUUAAAACUAUCGAUAAUUAACGAAACUAUUGCGGCUAUCAUCGUAAGUUGAACAUAAAAUCGAUGCAUUGCUUCUGGAAUACUAUUAAACAAUCGCAAUACAUCGAUAGUUCGAUCUAUCGUUUCACUUCCAGGAGCGGUAGGAAUAAAACGGGUAUCUAAAAUUUCUUUAUUACCGACCGUUAUUUCUCUUACAAAGUAAAUUUAGUUUAUUCUUAAAAUGAUCGCGGUAUUUUACUCCUCUUCUCAGGUAUAUAUCGAAGGAGCAACAGCACGCGAAAGAAAUUGGAGAACUACAGACUGAACUGCUCAAAGUCAAACAGGAUAUAGAUAACAAAUAUUUCGGCGAGCUGCAAAGUACCGUCAAAGAACUUGGAGGAAAAUACGAAGAAGAUUUAGGAAAGCUUGUGAAAGAAAUACAGGAUAAACACGAACAGGAAAUUGAGAGUUUAAAAUUUGGUUAUGAACAGAGUAAAGCACAGGAAUUAGAAAAGUGUAACAAGGAGUUGACGGAACAAUUUGAGGAUGAAAUUCGGUCCCUGAAGUCUCGCCAUGAAAUUGAGCUGGAGGACUUAAGAGGGCAAUUUCAGGACCACAAAUUAAGAGAUUUUGCGAAGCUUAGUGCUAAGCUAGCUUUACAAAAUGCACAGGCUUUGGAGAAAAUGCGGCUUAAGCUUACCGCAACCCAUGAACAAGAAAUGGAGGAAUUAAGGAUGGAGAGCCAAAAAGAUUAUGAAAGAACUGCUCUAAGGUUGUCAGGAGAUGUGGAAACCAUGGAAAUAGAACAUCGAAAAGCUUUGAGGCAGUUAAAAGCGGAUUUGACUGAGAAACACGAAAAAGAAAUGAAAGAAUUACGGGAGGAGUUGAGUGCUAAAGACAAGCAAUUGAUUGACUUGACCAAGAGCCAUGGCGAGGAAUUGGCAGAUGUGAAGAAUCGACAGUACAAUGAUCUGUUGGAUGAGGUUUCGAACGUGAGGGAAGAGUUUGCGUUACAAGCAGUACAGCAAGUUCAAGAAGCGAAGUUAGAAAUGGCAGAAGACAGUUUUAAAAAGGAUGCUGUCAUUCAAGAAUAUGAAGAUAAGAUCCACCAGAUCUUAGAACAACACGAAAAACAGAUUAAAGACUUGAGUACGGAAUAUGAUUUGCAGAUAAGAGAACUUAGAGACGAGCUUGAAUUAUCUAAGCAAUGGGCAACAAACGAUACCGGGAAAGAGGAAGAACUGUUGGAACAGUACGAAGCGAAAAUUAAAGAUAUUAAGCAGCAUUACGAAAAUGAGAUUGCGGUAUUAAAGCACCAAAAUCAGUCCAUAGACGAAAGUCAAGACGUUAAUGAGAAAUACUUGUCGGAGGAAAUGGAAAAGUGUCGUAGGCAAGUCGAAGAGUUAGGAGCUAGAUUACAAACAGAAAGAGAACAGUUUAAGGAUAUUCAUGAAAGCAUGAAAGUUUCUCACGACGAGGAACUUUCUGCUUUGAAAAGUGAACUGGAAAAAAAGCACGAACAGGAGUUGAAUGAAUUGAAGAAGCAUUUCGCUGAGAAUGUCGAGGCGUUGAAAGAUGAACUCCUCGUCGCUUCGGACGAGGCAAAAAUGCAACUUCUUACCGAAGAACUGGAAAAGAAACACGAAGCUGAGGUUGAGGCGCUUCGGGAACAACUUGUCAGUCAGCAUCAAAAUGAAAUGUUGAAUUUUAAAGAAGAGAUGAGCAGAGAAGUUGAAGCAUUAAAAGAACAAAUGCUUGACUUGUCUGAGCAGGAGAGGUUCGAUAUUUUGAAAGAAAACUUGGAGCAGGAAUACGAAAACAAAAUGGCUGCUUUGAGAGAAGACCUAGAACGACAAAAUGAGGAGGAAAUUAUUAAGCUUAAGCAGGCCUUUGCGGAUUCUAGGGAAAGUCAAACGGAUGAAGAAGGAAAGGGGCCGUCACAAGAAAAACAGCUGGAAGAAAUCGAACAAGUGAAAUUUGAACUCGAAGCUCAACAUCUCCAAGAGAUGGAGAGACUCAAGGAGGAUAUGUUACAUGAAGUGAAAACCCUUCAGGAUCAGAUUCAGCUUUCCGCUGAAAAGGAUAUGGAGGAAUUAAGGACUCGUAUGCGGGACGACAUGAAUGAUAUGAAAGGAAAAUACGAGAAAAGAAUGGCUGAAGAGAAGUCAAACCUGGCAGCGGGUAUGUAA